AUGAUCACCGCAAACGUACCAUCAGCAAAAAAGAUAAUCGUUCACGGGCCCGACAGUGGUUCGGGUGGUAUUCCGUCGCAGUUCCCAAUUCAUGAAGAUACCAUAUUUCAACAGCUGCUCACCGAUAGUAUCGAGUUUUUCAAUAUUCCCGAAAACGAAGUGGAAAAUUACUUUUUGGUGGAUACAAAAACGAAUCUAGUGCAUAUCCCGUCGUCGUUCGUCAGAGAUUUCUACUUUUUUCAUCGAUCGGUUUAUCCACAAAUCACCCUUCAAUAUAUCGAUCCAGAUGAGGCGCACAUUCGGAUGCGAGAAAUGGCAUUCACUCAGAAACUUAUCGAAAUGGGCAAAGUCCUACUGACGCAUAAUGCCCUCAAACACAGUCCUAAGACUGUGAUUCCUCAACGGAUCUUCUUUUUGCACGAUGAAUUCACACAUUUACCGUCGUUCCCUCGAAAAAGCUUGGAGGCUUGCUUUGGAAUGUACACUGGACCAAUGGGACCUGAACUGCAAACAAUGGAUGCAAUGCAUAAAUUCGUUUGGGCUCAGGUAAUGAGAACAACGUCACAAAAAACAUUCAUCUUCCCUUGUUGCAAUCUUUUCUUCGGAAUGGGAAUGUGA